AGAAAUCCCCUCUCGCGACUGCCAAGCGUUAGUUAAAGAUCUGCAGCUGACAGGACAGUGUCUUGUGUGUCUGUGAGGCGUUGACAGCUGGUUACAAGAAUCCGUUUCUGCAUAUAGCUACUGUCAUCAUGAAAACAGUUGCCAUUCUUUGUUUGCUGGUCACAUUGUUGUACCUUGUGUCAUGUUGUGAGGAGGAAACACAUUACCGGAAGCAAGAUAAAUGUUGCAAGAAGUGUGGACCAGGUAAGAGGAUGCUGGUGGACGACAACUGCGAGGACCCGCGCUGUCAGGACUGCAAAGACGGAGAGUAUCAGAGCGGCUACACAAACAAAACCAAAUGUGAACGCCAGCCCAGCUGUGACCCCAAUUUACAUUUUCAGCAACAAAUGAAUCCCAGUAAGACCAGUUUAAGCAAAUGUGAGUGUAAACCUGGAUACUACUGUACGCAAUAUGAUGACUGCAACACUUGUAGGGAACACAAAGUUUGCAAGCCAGGACAGAGAGUCGUCACGAAAGGUUCACCGGUUAGUGAUACUGUGUGUGAGGCAUGUAAAAACGGAACAUUCUCCACCCAAGAGUCAGCUGACACUUGCAAGGAAUGGGCAAUAUGUGAAUAUGGAUAUGAUAAAAACGCUCCUGGCAGUUUAACUUCAGACCGAAUCUGUGUGGAAGGUAGACCCACUCAAAGAGGUGUAAUUGUGGUGGGAGUUGUAGUUCUUCUGCUCAUCUUAAUAGCUGGAGUUGCUGCAAUAUUAUACAUGACAAAAAGACAUAAAUGCUGGAAAAAGAUAAAGCUCCCUGAACAGGCCCCAAAGAUAGCAGGCUUAAAUAUAAGAUUACAUCAAGAUGCAGAUGUUGAGAGAGCAAUCCAACAGCCUGAGGAGGUCGAUGAAAUAAACGGACCUGUGAGCCCCACGCCAAGUAACGUGACUGAAAAUGGAAAUGUUGUUGAACAAGAGUGGGGGAAAGAACCUGUCUAUCCAAGUGCUGAAUCAAAUUCAAAUUCAUAUUCACAUUUUUAGAGCAAAGCCUUCUACAAAGUACAGGCAGCUGUCCUUUCAUCAUGUUACAACCAUCAACAUACAGAGCAUUAAAUUAUAAAGCAAUGCUUUACUCUAAAUGUUCCAAAACCAGCAUGUAUCUUACACAAUCAUGACUGAAACAGAAGCACCUUAACAUGAGCUUUGUGUUUUCAAACAUAUAAAUAGAAAAUACUUAGCUGCUGCUGAAAGCCUUUGCCGUUGUAUUGUAACUUAACAUCCUAUGAUUGCUACGAAAUGCACUCGACACUAGUGCUGAAUAGAAGAGCAAGGGAGAAAAGAAGUGAAACACUUCAAAGGAGAUUUCAGCUGUAGAUUGAUAAGAAAAAGACUCACAGUAACACCAAUGUGAUGCCAAAAGACUGCACAAAACACACAUGAAUCCCAAUGCUUGGUACUUUAUAUUUAGGAUUGCACACUUUGAAGGUUAUUCAGCUAACGUUUUCCUAAAUGCUUGUAUAACUUAAAAAUUUAAGUUCUGAACAUUCAUAGAAUUUUCUUAGAACAUAAAAGUGUCAGUUGGGAUUGAAAAUAAUGUGGUGCAGAAGUGUUAGAUCACAAAAUCAUGUAUAUAUUUUUCUAAUGUUUUAUAAUUGUUAAAUGUUGUGCAAUGUCUGUUGCUUUGUAUUUUGUGUAAAUAUUUCCUUUGUACAUUACCAUUUUUAUUACUUUUAUUGUAAAUGUUGUGUUGUCCUAUGAAAUAGUUUGUGAUUCAAUGUACAUAUUAAAUCAUUUUUGAUUCUCCAUGAAUAAAUACACGUUGGCCACCCUAA